UUUUUUGCUUUAUAAUCUGAUACAAAUAUCAGACUGUACAUAUUUUUCAACACAUAAACCGCUAAGGCGUCAGUCAUGUUCUCGGAUGUCAUCACACCGAAGGAGACCCUUCUGCGGCCGCCUGGCUCGGAGGAGCCCGUAUUCGAGCGCCAGCAGCAGUCGUACUCCAGCCGCUCGGAACGCUUCAGGCUCGGGGAACGCAGCUUCAACCGCCAGUAUGCCCACAUCUAUGCCACCCGACUGAUGCAGAUGCGGGGAAUACUGUCUGCCAGGGCCGAACAGAAAUGGGGCUCUGUUGUGCCAGUGCGGAGGCUGUGUGAUCUGCAGAUGGGUGAGCAGUGUGUGGUCGUGGGGACCAUCUUCAAACACAUGGAACUGCAGCCAUCCAUACUGAAGGAGAUCAGUGAGGAGCACAACCUCCUGCCCCAGCCACCGCGUGCCAAAUACAUCAGCCCCUCCGACGAGCUCAUUCUGGAGGACGAGCUCCAGAGAAUCAAACUGGAGGGCAACAUCGACACACCCAGGUUUGUCACAGGCAGCGUAAUCGCCGUCCUCGGCGCAGAGAAGAAUGAUGGCAAAUUCAUGGUGGAGGAGUUUUGCAUGGCGGAUUUGCCUUCGCAGACACCGAGACCGCCCCUGAAUACAGACAGGUUCGUGCUGCUGGCCUCUGGCCUGGGACUGGGCGGCACUGGAGCAGACAGCAUGCUGGGAUUGCAGCUGUUGGUUGACAUGGUAACAGGUCACCUGGGUGACCAGGGUGAGCAGAGCGGGGCAGCAUCCAUUUCCCGUGUCAUACUGGCGGGGAACCUCUUGAGUCAAAACACCCAAGAUAAAGAUUCGACCACCAAGGCCAAGUACCUGACUAAGAAAACACAGGCUGGUAGCGUGGAGGCAAUCAGGCUUCUAGAUGAAUUGCUAGUACAAUUAGUGGCUUCCAUACCUGUAGAUGUUAUGCCCGGGCAGUACGACCCCACAAACUUCACGUUGCCACAGCAACCUCUUCAUCGCUGCAUGUUUCCCCUCUCUGUCCCUUACCCCACCCUACAUCUGGUCAGCAACCCUUACCAAGCUGACGUAGACGGGCUUCGGUUCCUGGGGACGUCAGGGCAGAACGUGAGUGAUAUAGUGAAGUACAGCAGUGUGGACGACCAUCUGGAGGUUCUAGAGGGCACUCUGAGGCUACGUCACCUGGCGCCCACUGCACCAGACACGCUGGGCUGUUACCCCUUCUACCAAAAUGACCCCUUUAUUCUGGAGGACUGCCCCCAUGUGUACUUCACUGGAAGUGCACCCAGCUUCCGGUCCAAACGCAUCACAGGACCAGAGGGACAGGAGGUCCUCCUUGUGGCUAUCCCAGAAUUCAGCAGCACACAGACGGCCUGCCUAGUAAAUCUGCGCACCCUCGAGUGCGAACCGGUUAGCUUCUCGUCGUUCUCUUCCGAAGAUGACGAGGAAAGCGAGAUGAACAUCAGCCACUGAGGUUUCGCUUUGCCGGAACGGUCGUCAUGGUAACAUCUGAGUCUUUGU